AGGGUGCUUGGGUCACCUUUUUUUCUGCAGCGCACCAAAACAGAGGAGUAAGAACCAUAAAAAUGGUGUCCCCAAGCUCUAGUUCCUUGUUUUCAGCAGUUUUAUUCCUGCUGUCUGCGUCAUUGGCAGCUUCAGCUACGAUUCAAGAAAGUUUCAUCGAGUGUCUCACUCUCAAUUCUCAAAUUUCCAUUCCAGUGGCUACUGCUUUUUUCAGCCCAGAUAAUACUUCCUUUCACGCUGUCCUCGAAUCCUCUGCACAAAACCUCAGGUAUUUAGUCCCUUCAGUGCCAAAGCCUGAGUUCAUCUUCAUGCCGGUGCAUGAAUCCCAUGUCCAAGGAUCUGUAAUCUGUUCCAAGCAGCUUGGAAUACAUCUCAGAAUCCGUAGUGGAGGCCAUGACUACGAGGGUCUCUCUUACGUAUCCGAAAUUGAAUCACCUUUCAUCAUUGUCGACCUGGCCAAGCUUAGGUCUAUCGACGUUGAUAUCAAAGAUAACAGUGCAUGGAUUCAGGCUGGUGCCACUAUUGGGGAAGUUUACUACAGAAUUUACCAGAAAAGCAAAGUCCAUGGCUUCCCUGCCGGUCUUUGCACCAGCUUAGGCGUUGGCGGGCACAUUACUGGAGGUGCAUAUGGUCCCAUGAUGAGAAAAUAUGGUCUUGGCGCUGACAAUGUUGUUGAUGCUCGAAUUGUUGAUGUUAAUGGCAAAAUUCUCGACCGGAAAGCCAUGGGAGAAGAUCAUUUCUGGGCUAUUAGAGGUGGGGGAGGGGCAAGCUUUGGAAUCAUUCUUUGGUGGAAGAUAAAGCUGGUUCCUGUUCCCUCAACCGUGACAGUUUUCACUGUCACCAAGGCCUUAGAACAGGGUGGAACAAAGAUCCUCUACAAAUGGCAACAGGUUGCAGACAAGAUUGAUGAGAAUCUCUUCAUCAGGGUCAUAAUUAGCCCGGCAACUGCUGGAGCUAAAGGUGGAAAGACAAUAACAACUUCGUACAAUGCUCUUUAUCUUGGUGGUGCUGAGGAGCUUCUCCAAGUUAUGCGAGAAAGCUUCCCAGAAUUGGGUUUGACAAAAAAAGAUUGCGUCCAAACAAGCUGGAUUAAAUCAGUGCUUUAUAUUGCUGGUUACCCAAGUGGGACACCCCCGGAAGUUCUGCUCCAAGGGAAGUCCACAUUCAAGAACUAUUUCAAAGCUAAAUCAGACUUCGUCAGAGAACCCAUACCAGAGACAGCACUUGAGGGACUCUGGAAAAGAUUAAUGGAAGAGGAUGGUGCUCUGACUAUCUGGAAUCCAUACGGAGGAAUGAUGAGCAAGAUUUCAGAGUCUGAAAUUCCUUUUCCUCACAGGAAUGGAACUUUGUUCAAAAUCCAGUGGCUAUCCAAUUGGGAAGAUGGUAAGGAGAAGGCGCAGCCUCAUGUUGACUGGAUUAGAAAGCUUUACAAUUACAUGGCUCCUUAUGUUUCAAAGCUGCCCAGGACUGCAUACGUGAAUUAUAGGGAUCUUGAUCUGGGGAUGAACAAGGGCAAAGACACCAGCUUCAUGGAGGCAGCUGCAUGGGGUAACAGCUAUUUCAAGGACAACUUCUACAAAUUAGUGAGAGUUAAGACCAAGGUUGAUCCAGGCAACUUCUUCAGGCAUGAACAGAGCAUUCCACCUCUUCAACUUUCUAAAGAUUCCGCAAAAAGCUAGAAAUAGGGUUGGCUUGUUGCAGUAAAUGGCUACACGACUUUGGUCAAUGGUUUUCCCCCCUUGGUCUAAUAAAUGCUUAGUAUUGCAAGUCUUGUAUGAAAUUUAUGUUAUGGUUUUCCUU